ACCUCCCUACCUGUAUUGAUGAGCCUGCUAUAUCAACAUCAACUCCGUCAAGCUUCAUGAUGACGCCAAAAUAUUGGAAAAGCACUCAAGGCUCCAGGCAAACCACGGCGUCCACUCGCGGACUUCGUGGGUACCCUGAUCUGUACCACGAAUAGCAAUAAAUAUGGCCAUGAAGCGCACGAGGUCGGUCAGAAUCUUACAAUAUGGAUCAUCAUUCUCCGCAUGAUGAAAGUUCCAUUACUUGUUUGGGUAAAUAUCAAUACUCGAUUAGAUUGUCCGAGGGGUUUCGAGCGGGGAAUGCUGCGACGCUGGGUUUCGAUAUUGCAGGUAUAUCAGGACCAGACACAAACGUCAAUAUUGAAUGCAACGUCAAAGAUUGUGUACACAGAGUAACCCGGAUCUUGGUGUCUGAUCUUGAGUGGCUGACAGCAACUACAAUAUUACUUUGGUCUGGGAGAAAGGGAAAAUCUUCUACUCGUAGACGGGAGCCAGGAGGACCCCAGGUGAGUCUUUUAGGAUCGAUCGUAUUUAUCAGAUACCGGUACCUUCGGAUGCAAACAGGUGUAUCAUCGAGGAGCUCGGAUCCAAUAGCGUCAGUGGCUGCAGGAGCGACCUGCACAUUGUCAAUCAAUCCGCCCGCGUGCCCUCGUGUAAAUUGCAGAUCACAACGCUUCUCGGAGAAUACAUGACAACGAUGACAACCACAGCCCCUAAUCUUAGCACAAGGCAUCCGGAAACAGAGUCUUGGAAAUAAGCUGGGAAGUUCUACUACAUAACUCUGGGGACAUGAAAGGUUGCAACCAACCUACCUCCCUACACAACACAAC